AUGAAGGCUCUACGGUUCCACGGUCAGAAAGAUAUCCGCCUUGACUCUAUCCCAACCCCCGAACUCACACCAGGGUCCGUCAAAAUUCUCCCCAAGUUCUGUGGCAUCUGCGGCACCGACUUGCACGAAUAUCUCGAGGGGGCGAAUUUAAUUCCCAAACCCCAGCACCCCCAUCCCAUCACGCAAGAGACGUACCCUCUCACGAUUGGACAUGAGUUCUCUGGAAUCGUAGACGAGGUCGCCAGCGACGUGACCAGCCUCCAAAAAGGCGACCGAGUCUGCGUUCAGCCCAUCAUCUACGACGGCGACUGUCGAUCAUGCGUGCGGGGGCUUCACAACUGCUGUGACAAGAACGGCUUCAUCGGACUGAGCGGAUGGGGCGGAGGUCUAGCAGAGAUCAGUGUAGUCCCGCAGUCCUGCGUCAAGAAGCUUCCUGACAACGUCUCCCUUGAAGUUGGUGCGCUUGUCGAACCGCUGGCCGUAGGAUGGCACGCGGUGGAUAUCUCGCCGUACCAGGAUUCUGAUGCAGCACUCGUCCUCGGAGGGGGCCCUAUUGGUCUCGCCGUCGUCCAGGUACUCGCGGGCCGCGGGUGCCAGAACAUUAUCGUGAGCGAGGUCAGCAGCAAAAGACGGGAGUUCGCGAAACACUUCGGGGCGCACCAUGUUAUUGACCCUGUGGCGGAAGAUAUCGUACAGCGGGUUCUACAGCUUACUGGUGGACUUGGGGCCGACGUGGCUUUCGAUGCGGCUGGGGCUCAAGUCGCCCUGGAUACCGCGUUUCUCGCUCUCAAGGCCAGGGGGACACUGGUUAAUAUUGCUGUCUGGGACAAGCAGGCGAAGCUCGUGAUGAAUGAGCUUGUUUUCCGGGAGAGACGUUAUAUGGGAGUCCUAGGGGAUUUUGAAGCCGUCAUCGAGGCUAUUUCAGCAGGGAAGAUAGUUCCGGCAGAAAUGAUCACAAAAACAAUUGCCCUCAAUGAAGUUGAGGCUGAAGGAUUCCGCACUCUCAUCGAGGACAAGGAAAACCAUGUCAAGAUUCUUGUGGAUGUUGGAAAAGGGCUAUCUUAG